UGUAACAAUUUAUAAAUGCAUCAUCUACAGAUAUCAGGGGACCAGGCGACGUGCACAAUAUGUGACAAGACGCUGACUUGGACAUCUGUGGAAACACUCAAGAAACAUCUGCAGAGACAACAUCCAGAAGUAACUGGCAUUGGAGAUCAUGAUGAUCCCGAAAUACCGAAUGCUCCGCUGUCACCGCCAAGCAUAAAACUAAUAAAGGUCGACCCAUUGGACAAAAUCCCGCCAGCCAAUAAGAAGCGCAAACUGGACCCCGCCCCAGACAACGAGCCAGUCACGACGAAGCAAACAACUCCCUCAAUGGACAGAUUCAACAGCCUCAACCAAUUCGGCCUCUACGUAGCCUCGUUGCUGAAACUGCUGCCCAGGAAGAGGUGCAUCAAGUAUCAGAACCAGAUAGUGGACAGGCUGUUGAAGGACCUGGCGGCCGCCGCCUAGUCCAGGCUCUCUAGUUGUUGCGUGACAAGCAAGAUACACUCUACUACCACAAACAAGUUUAAACCUUGUUUAAAGGGUAAAGUUUGUUAAGGAAUUUGACAGAACAUGAUUUUAAUCAACACUGUAUGUAGGUACAUGUAUGAUUUAAUGAUGAGAUGUUCAAGGGCUAACAAGUGCCAAUGUUAAAUUCAUAAAGGAUAUACUUAAUAGCAUUAGUAAUUGCAACAUGCAAUUUGAAAUAGUUAAAAUUCCAAA